CAUAUACAGCAGCAGCAGCUGAAGAAGAAAGAAGAACAGAAGGCAAGCACAAACCCUCGACGAGACGGCGGCGAGAGGCCGGAGCGCAAUGCCGCUCCGAUUCCUCGGCCGGAUCUGCGGCGACGCCGUCGGAUCGGCGGCGCGGAGGCUCCGGGGAAACCUCGGCGACGAGAUGCGGGAGCUCUCCCAGCACAGGUGGUUCGUCCAGUUCCGCGCGGAGAGGGAUUUCUACGCCGGGGUCUGCAGCGAGGCCGCCGGCUCCGCGCGGAGGCUGAGGAAGAACAUCCAGCACGAGACGGAGAGAUUCGGCCGCGGCCUCUGGCAGCAAAAGAAAAAGAUCUUGGAUGCCUACCUUGCCUUGAGUGGAGUAAAUUAUGUUCUCAAAUUUCCAGUGGGGCCAGCAGCCAUAGAUGAGUUUGCUGCCGAGAAGGCCUUGAAGGAGGAUGCCAUGAAGUGGAGGUUCGAGGAGCUGUGGAUGAUCGAGCACGGCGCUAAGUACAAGCACAAGGAGUGGAGGAAGGCGUGGCUCUAUGACAAGUACAAGAAAUGCGCCCAGGAUGUCGACAAGCGCAACAAGGAGAGCGGUGGGGCUGCCUUCGGGACAGACCAGUUCUGGGACGAAACCGAGCAACAGUUCCGCGCGCGCACGCGCCGCAAGCUCGAAGACUGAUACUGCAGUAUAUGGCUUGCACCGAUGCUCGAGUCAUUGAUAGAGAGGACAUACGGUUUGCCGUGCUGAACUAAUUAGCAUUUGCUCUGAAUCACGAAUGCUCUGGAUAUUUCACGCUCUGUAUGUAGUAGCCGUGACAUGAUGAAUGUGGCAAGUGUGAUGUAUCAUCGACUAGCAUAUGGAAUCAGCAUCUUUAACGUGUACGUGUUGAUCCCUAGGUCUGGGUUCAUUUUAAUGUGCUUAUUUAAUCUUUA